UUGACAGGUCGGUGGACGCACGUGUAUCGAGGUUUUAGUGUUUUUAUUUUGCAUUUUAAGUGUAAAAAGUUCUUAUUUAUAUUUUAAAUUGGUUAAUACUAACUCUUUUGCUGCUGGUAAGUAGAAAACUAUUUGUUAAUUCGUGAGACCAAAAUGGAAACAGACCCUCCAAGCGAACCUCCCGAUCCGGGAGCCACUCCUUCCCGCAAACGGCAAGCAGACGAUGGAACAGUCUCCUCCUCUUCUAAAAAAUCUUUGUCUGAUCCCUCCCAAGCAAACCCAUCUAUAGGAAAUUUAUAUAUUCACCCGUCAUUUGCCGAAGGCCUUAAAUCUUACGCCAACGAUGAUAAAGGUCCAUUCGUCGUCCAAGUCUCUAGGGACGUCGAAGACCCGACUUCCGGAGCCUCGUUAAGAGCCAUUACUUUUGGUCAAUUCCUUCACAAACAUAAAAUAAGCUCCAUCUUACAUGAUGGUGUUAAAAACGUUGGUCGUAACAAAAUAAUCGUCGAGUUUUCGACAGCUCAUGCAGCCAACCACUUCCUUAUCAAUCCUAUCCUCUCCCUAUGUAAAUUCAAAGCCUUCAUCCCCACAUAUAAUAUGACCAGAAUGGGAUUGGUGAAGGGAGUCCCCAUAGACUGGUCGAUGAGUGAGCUCGUUCAAUCUUUGGAGCUUCCCCCAGGCUGUGGUGAGGUGCUCAAAGCCCGAAGGUUGAACAGAAAAACAACUCAGGAAAAUGUCACCACCUGGAUACCGACUCAGUCUGUUGUCCUGACCUUUAGGGGUCAAAUACUUCCAAGUAAAGUUUAUUCCUACCACACAUCCUUACCUAUCGAAACCUACAAACUUCCUACCAUUCAAUGCUUAAACUGCUGUCGUUUUGGCCAUACCAAAACAAUCUGCAGAUCACAACCCAGGUGUUAUAGGUGCUCCCAGUCCCAUGCAGGGGAAUCUUGUGAAAUAGAUAAAAAUCUAGCCUCAUGUCUACAUUGCUCAGGCAAACAUUUUGCCAAUGACAAGGCUUGUCCUGAAUUCACUAGACAGCAAUCAAUUAAAGUAAUUAUGUCUCAGAAUAAUAUAUCCUACAUGGAAGCGGCAGCUCAAUUCCCUUCUGUCCGGCGAUCCUAUGCUGAGAUGGCAAAGGAAAUGUUUACUCCUCCCGCCUAUUCACCUAAGACCCCCUCCUGUCCGACAACUCAACCCACACCCAAAACUUCCUACCGUCAAACAACAUUCCGGUCUCCUCGCCCUCGAGCCCCACCAGGCAAGGGUUAUGACAGAGGUGCUCACCAGAAUAUUGUUGGUGAAUGUGCUUCAUCCCUUCCGAAUGGACAUGCUCUUAAUCAAAAUUCUCCCCCCAAUGAAACUCUACCUAUGUUAGAACAACUUUCCACUCUCCUUCUCAGUCUUAUCACUCCUUGUAGUGACAUUCCUCUACCGUCCAACGUUGCCAAAAACAUUUCCAAACUUUUUAAAAUCCUCCAAGAUGGCCCCAACAACCAUACUUCAAUGGAACAGUAAAAGCUUACGGCCCAAAAAACACGAGUUAUGCUCCCUCAUUAACCUGCAUAAACCUGUCAUUGUUGCCAUCUCGGAGACAUGGUUAAUGCCUGGUUCCCGGUUCCGGGUACCUGGUUUCUCCUGUUUGAGGGAUGACAGAAAUGAUGGGUAUGCAGGCAGUGCCAUCCUUGUUCGGCACUCCCUUCCCUUUUCCCAAAUCCCCCUUCCUCCACAUAGUCAACAGAUUAAUGCUGUUGCUGUCCGUGCCUUAGACAUUUCUUUUGUAUCUGUGUAUAUUCCUCACCCUACCCCAUCUCUACUUCCUGAACUACAAUCAAUCUUAUCUUCGGUCCCAAGUCCUAUCAUCGCCCUGGGUGACCUUAACACUCACCACACCAUGUGGGGGUGCUAUGGCUGUGAUGGGUUUGCUCCGCUGCUGAUUGACAUACUUGAUGAUGUAGGUCUCUGCAUCCUCAAUGAUGGCUCUCCAACGCGCAGGGUAUUCCCAAAUCAGAACCCUAAAACUGCCGUGGAUCUUUCCCUCUGCUCUCCUAAUCUUGCCUCCCAGAUUACUUGGAAAACCCUCCCAUCCUCAUACGGCAGCGAUCACUUUCCUAUCAUUCUCUCAUUAAACAAUAGGUCCUUCCUUCCUUCUUCUCAUGAUCCGCUUUUAAAAUAUCAACUUAAAAAAGCAAAAUGGACAGAGUAUGCCAGAUCUGUUGAUUUCUUGAUAGACUCCUUGCCAGAUCCGGUAAGUGAUGGAAAUAUUUUAGCAUGCUACGAUCUUUUUUUAAAAUCUCUCAUAUCUUCAGCUGACUCUCAUAUUCCUAAAAAACACCCUCCCAAAAAUCAUCUGCUUUCUUCUCCCUGGUGGGAUGAUGAAUGCAAUGAUUUAUUUGCUCAAAGAACAUCUGCAGAAAAGACAUAUUCAAAUUGUAU